UGGGCCGCCAUUGGUACCGUCAGAUUUAUUUUAAACGUGCCAGACGACAAAUGUUUCAAAAUAUUUGAGGUCUGGUCAAGUGAAUAAUAGUGAAUCGAGUAAAUGGAUAGGAAAAAUUUAUUAAAAGCCGGCAGGCGAAACUCGUUGAACGUCAGUUCACGAUCCUUGAAUGCGUCCCGCAACUUGGCUGAAACGUCCAACUAUGCAUUGGAGAACUUUGGCACGUCAUUACCCGUGGCUGUUAUUGAACUUAUUGCCUCUGCUGAAAGGAAAACCGAGUGCAGUGUAACACUGUCUAAGGAUGGCUGGGCUUGGUUUGUGUGUGGGCGGCAAUUAGUCAUUUGGAAGUUCUCAAAAUCGACCAGUGUGAGCUCGGCAAUGACGCCAUCAAGGAAAUCACUAGCUGUUUCUUCUCCAAAAUGCCAUGAAUUGACCUUACCGCCCAGUGACCUGGCACACAAAUCAGAUCUUGUAGCUGUUUUCUCCUCAGAGUCUGACAGUGUUCCAUCCUGCAUUGCAGUGUCUCCAGAGGGAACUGUUCGCUACUGGGAUUCAGUUGCUCAUGAAAACUUUUUUGUAGAAAUCAAUGCAGACCUUCAGGGACAAGAGUGUUAUACGCUAAGUGAAGCCAUGCCUUUGGGCUGCCUAGUGGCUACAACGACAGCUAGCAUUUUGCUGUUGACUCCUCGGACGUCAGACGGCCGACCUAACAUACAAUGCAGGAAUUUCAAGACGCCUCAGGGACUCUUAGGCUCCAUUAGCCGGAGGAUGUCGUCAUUGAUAUUUGGCUCCAUUUCCACGCAUCAAUCAAUGGAGACACGUCUAGUUAAGCUAUUGAGCCAGAGAAAAGAUCGCAACACUUUGGAAGUGCAAAUCCUAUGCAGUCAAACGUUGCAGUAUUGGCAGGUUGGGGAAACAGAGCGAUUACUAUACCAAUGCGAUAUUGACAAAUGGGCGAGAGAGUCGCUCGUUGCGCACGUCUGGAGUAGAAGCAACGCCAUCCACCAGUUGAGAGUUUGGGUCCUUGACGCUCAGGUUCACAAAAGCGAAUUGGUUUUGCUGAUAGCUGCCUCCAAUCCCAACCUGAGUUCUCAGAUCCAAUAUGCCUUGGCCACUCUCCCAUUACAAACGAGCUCUCCGCCCACUGGAUUCGAGUCAUUUUGUGUCCUUAAGUUCGCCACAGACAUGUCUGAAAGAUCCGACUCCUCUUCCCUGGAAUCACCUCCUCCUCCUCAAUGUCGCUUUGUUCUGGUUGGUUCAACAGCUUACCUUUAUUCGGAUAAAUGGAUCCUGUGCGUACCAUCUAACGAGCCAUUAGAAGAGCCCGACCGGCUUGAAGUCCGUGCUCCGAAUGAGCGUUUCCUGGGCGCAGGUGUCUUUAAUCAGCGACCAGUUUUUUUCUCUACACGCCAUGGUGUUCUGGUUUUACAGCCUUCUUCCGGUGGACCAAAUGACAGCCAAUCUUUUAUUGAUGAAUCAAUUAUGGAACACUCCCACAUCAUGGCCGAAACGUUUGAUCCCGCCCAGGUCGAAUCUACGUCAUCCAAAUUAAAACUAGCUUUCUUCAAUUUCUGCCGCAAAAACGUUUUCGAAGCGCAAACAUUGCUGGAAGAAUUGUUCGCUUCCCCCACCAGUAAAGGGCAAAUCGAUUCUUUAAUGGACCGCAUGGUGGUUGAACUCAGCCAAAAGAUCAUCGAUGACUAUCCGGCUUCUGACCCUCGCUGGACGGAUUCAGUCCCGGCUGGACACGAGUCUACGUUCACUACUGUGUCGUUAUUAGUCCUCCACCAGUUGGAAGACAAAGUCAAGGCUCACGACCUAUUCCUUACAUUUCUUCGGAACAUGUCCAUUUGGGGAGACUUGACAGCAAUUGGUGAUCGUCGUGGUGCCAAAUCUAGUGCCUUUGUGCUUAUGGAACACGCUGAAAAAUUGCGGUCAGCUUUGGCUUUGCGUGCUCUGCACACGCCCGGAUCCACGCUCAUCGAUACUGCCAUCCGCCGUGUCCUUCAAGAACGCUCUGUUGAACAAACCAACGACAAAUUGACGCAACAAGAUCAUUUUUACAGGCACAUUUCAGCACUUGGAGAUUUUUUUCCUUGUUUCGUGGAUGUCGUCUGCGAAACUGUGGCCAGCAUGGGCGGCUCUCCAUCCGAUAAAGUCAAACCGAUCAGCAAUGCAGCUAACUUUAUCGUUGCGAUGACCAACGCUGCCCGCGAUUACCGAGCUCGCAAUAUCGAUUUGUUGGAGCAGUGUGAAAACAGCUUCGAAACUCUGCCCUGGAUUGCCGCACCUGGACCCAGAAGCGUACGGUCUUCAAUCGUACGGUUGUUGCAUCUCCUAGUCGAAGAAGGAGUGGCUAAUGCAGAUGAUGCUGGACUCCGAAGUAAUCUUUGGAGUCAAGUUGCUAAUCUAGCUGACAUCUUGUUGGAUGCCCUAAAGCUAUACCUAGACAGUUGUGAAGAAAACAGUUCAGUUUUCGCCCAGGUGAGGCAGGAAGUCCAGUCGGAACGAAGUGCCAUCUUAGAUUUGUUCCUGAAGGGACGGGAAUUUGAUAGGGCGGCCCUCCUUGCCGAGAAAUACGUCGAUUUCGGCGCUUUACUCACAGUCUGCGAUGAAACGAUGAACGAAGACAAGUUGAGUGUCUAUAUUGACAAACUCGGUGACUCUGGAUUCACCGAAUUCGCCUGCAAAUGGUACAUGCAACGCAACCAACGUGAAAAACUGCUUCGACUACGACGUCCGGAAGUCAGCACUUUCCUAGAAAACCAUCCGGACAUCCUGUGGGUGGAUCAGUCGGAGAACGAACUUUAUUUGGACGCAGCGCGUACGUUAACCAAUUUAGCAAGCAUGGAGAAAGAUCUUUAUAGCCGGAAGAGGACGCUUCUUAGUUUGGCUAAACUACAUCUUGUCACUGAAGAAAAGUUGGGCCCUGAUCCCGAAGUCGUUCAAGCGGAACUGGAAAUCGUAGAAGCCGAACUUGCUCUAUUGAUGCAUCAAGAACAACUUCCUGCUAUGGUUUUGCAAGCUUACGAUCUUGAUCCCAACACGAUGAGAGUGUUCACUGCAUCCGAAUUAAUCGAGAUGUACAUUUGCGACGAGAACGUUCUGGCCAAUGAGCUCGACUUCAAAAAGGCUUUGGAUUUAUUGAACUUCCUGGAGAAUCCCGAUGAAAGAGAGACUCGUCGUCUUCGGAUUUGGGCACGAGCCAUACUACGCGAUGCCUGGACUCAGUUUGACACGGAUAAUGUUCUACAGUCAAUCAGCGGAACGAUCUUUUUUAAGAUUAUCGAGUUUUCUCUUGGCACUGGCGAAGAUCUGGCCGAUUUACUGCCUAACCCGGAAGAAAUCCUGCAAGAACCGCAGUUAUCCGAGUUGGCAAGCAAUGACGUUUUCCAAUUCCUCCUAAAAGCCGUCUACGAGCAUGUCAAUUCUCUAAUGGAAGCCACUCGUUAAACAUAUAUUUAAGAUAAUGAUGGUUCAUUUCCUACCUGUUUAUUUUUAGUACGCCUUGUGUCAGUGAACAGUGUGCACCUCGCAAAACGAGGAUGUUGUGAACAACAAAAUACAAAAGGAUUUUCAUACGA